AUGGCGUCCAUGCUGGUGAACGGAGAGGGCGGUGUCCCUCCCGAAAGCGGAGUCUAUGACGGCAGUGACUCGCCCGAAACCCUCACCAAGGCCGACAUUGAGCGGCUCGGACGAGAGCGCCCGGCUGCCUUCACGCACUUGUCAACCGAGAUUGCUUUUGUCUCGACCGUCGUCGUGUCCAUGAUGAUGAGCGAGUACUUUGUCAGCGGCUUCAACAUUGUGCUGCCCACCAUUGCCAGCGAAAUCGAUAUCCCCGACGCCCAACGGACCUGGCCCGCCGAGGUCAUCAACCUGACCACGGCCGCAUUGCUCCUCCCCUUUGCCCGGCUCUGCGACCGACACGGUGGACGUUCCAUUUUUCUGCUCGGCCAUGCUUGGCUCACCGUCUGGUCCCUCGUUGCCGGCUUCAGCCAGAACCCGACCAUGUUGAUCGUGUGCCGAGCCAUGCAGGGCCUCGGAAGCAGCGCCUACCUCCCCGCCGGUAUCUCCCUGCUGGGUACGCUCUACCGACCCGGGCCGCGUAAGAAUCUCGUCUUUAGCUCCUACGGCGCCAUGGCCUGUGUCGGCUUCUAUAUUGGCAUCUUUGUUGGGGCCGUAGCCGGCCAACUCCUCACCUGGCGCUGGUUCUUUUACAUUGGCACCAUCAUGGUGUUUGUCAACACCAUUGUUGCCUUUUUGGCCAUUCCGCGGCACCUGGGCGACGGGGAUGCCAGCGUGUGCAUGGACUGGUGGGGUCUGGCUACCAUUGUGCCUGGUGUUGCCCUCGUGGUCUACGCCCUGACCGACGGCAGCCAUGCGCCGCAGGGCUGGAGGACCCCCUACAUAAUUGUCACAUUCGUCAUUGGCGCCCUCCUCUUGUGCGUCGCAGUGUACAUUGAAGGGUGGGUUGCCGCACAACCUCUCUUGCCCGCCGAUCUGUUCCGGCCAAAGUACAUGAGACGCCUGGCAACGUCCAUGUUCUGCUCGUAUGGCUGCUUUGGAUUGUUUCUAUUUUACGCUAGCUACCAACUCCAGACGGUUCUCAACACGACACCCCUCCAAACCGCCGCAUGGUUCACACCACUGGCAGUCGGCGGCAUGUUCCUAGCCGUGGCCGGCGGUCUCGUCCUGCACCUCUUGCCUGGCCGUGUGCUCCUCAUUAUUUCGGGAUUAGGCUACCUCAUCUCGGUACUGCUCUUUGCCGUCAUGCCAGCCCAAUCCUCGGACGGCGAGCCUUCGCUGUCGUUCCUGUACUGGGCCUAUGUCUUUCCGGCCAUGUUGUGCGGCACCAUUGGCGUCGAUAUUCUCUACAAUGUGACCAACAUUUUCAUCACCACGGCCAUGCCGGCCCGGCUUCAGGCGACCGCGGGAGCCCUCAUCAACAGUCUCUUGUACCUGGGCAUGGCCUUUUGGCUUGGUAUCGGCGAGCUGGCCGUGUCGACAACGGUCGAGUACCGCGGUGGCGAGGACAGCGUUAGCUUGCGGGAACAAUACCAGAUUGGUUUCUGGCUGGGUGUCGGGCUGGCUGGCCUGGCGCUGAUCCUCAACUCUACCAUUAACCUUGGCGAGGCGGCGGCCGAGAUGACGGCUGACGAAAAGGAGCAAGCGAGACUUGAACAGAGUCAGCAGGUUUCUUCCUAA